ACCCUCCUGGCCGUUGCCGCUGGCAUCUCCUCCGUCAGCGCGCACGGCGUCAUCCUCUCGGCGCAGGGCGAGGACGGCUCGACGCCCAGCCAGGGCUUCCUGCUGAACGAGGAUGUGGCGCGCAACUGCACGUCCAUCAGCCCAUGCCAGCAAGACUCGACGAUCAUCCGGGACUCUGAGAUCAAGCAAAACAUCGUGAACGGAUGCGGACGCACCGAGAUCGCGGGCAACAUCGACAUUGGCGAGCAGACGGAAGUCGAGCUGGGCAAGAAGCGUGUGACCAAAGCCAAGAAGGGCGGCAGCGUCGCCGUCACCAUCCACCAGGUCAACGCCGACGGCGCCGGACCCUACGAGUGCGACCUCGACGACACCAGCAACUCGGGCACUAACUUCCAGAAGCUCGACGUCAGCAACAACGUGCCCGGCGCCAACGGCCUCUCGGACGCCAAAUUCCAGAAAUUCACCAUCAACGUCGCCCUCCCCGAGGACAUGAACUGCAAGGGCGGCUCCACCGGCGACGUCUGCACCGUCCGCUGCCGCAACAACGCCCUCGCCGGCCCCUUUGGCGGCUGCUUCGCCAUCCAGCAAACGGACGGCACGGGGCGCGCCGAUAACAAAACCGCGUCCCAGAUCACGACCGCGCAGAGCCUCGACGCCAUCAGCAAGCAGAUCCAGCAGAACAAGAAAGACUUCGACACGGCCAAGCAAGCCAACAUCGCCGCCGGCUCGCCGGACACGGUCGCCGCGGCCGCAGCGUCCGCCCUCGCCAGCGACCCUCCCACCGCCACGCCCGGCGCUAGCUCCUCCUCUUCCUCUGGCAACGACGACAGCGGCAACGAUGACAGCGGCAACGAUGACAGCGGCAACAACGGCGGCUUCGGCGGCUUCGGCGGCGGCAACGGCUUCAGCAGCAAUGGCUUUGGUGGCAACGGUGGCAACGGCGGCAACGGCGGCGGCAAC